AUGUCCUUUGAAGGUUUGGCUUCGGUAAUUAUAGAUAAUGGAUCCCAUACGAUGAAAGCUGGAUUUUCUGGUGACUACCAACCAAAGGAAUGUUUUCCGACAAUUGUUUGGAGACAAACAGGAAUGAUUGGUUUGGGGGAUACUCCGAUUGCUGUUGGAGAAAGGGCUUCUGGAUAUCGGAGGGACAGUUUAAGGUUUCCUAUUCGUAGAGGAAAGAUUGUGGAUUGGGAUGAUAUGGAAGUGAUAUGGAGAAGGAUAUUUACUCAUUAUUUAGCAGCUGAUAUGGAAACAACUCCAGCUUUGUUAACCGAAUCUCCUUCCAAGAAUUCGAAAGAGGAUAGAGAAAAAAUGAUUCAAGUAUUGUUUGAUGCUAUGGAGCUACCUUCUGUAUAUAUUGCCAAUCAAGCUGUCACUACAUUAUUUGGUUGUGAUAAAGUGAAUGGCUUGGUUUUGGAAUCAGGUCAUGGAUCAAGUCAUACUGUCCCUGUCUAUGAAGGAUAUGCACUCAGUCAUGCAACGGAAAGUUUGGAUUUGGGAGGAUUGGAUGUUACUGAAUAUUUGAAAAGGAAAGUUGAUGAGAGGAAUGAAUCAAAACUGAGUUUUGGAAUUGUUGAAGACAUUAAGGAAAAACAUUGUUAUAUUUUAAUGGAUUGUGAAAAAUCUAGAGAAAAUGAGAAAGUAUCAUAUGAACUCCCAGAUGAAACAGUCAUUUUGUUAGGAGAUGAAUUGUAUGAAGCCUCAGAAUGUCUAUUCAAUCCAUCCUUGAUAGAUUUCAAUUGUAAAGGCAUCCAUGAAAAUAUCAUUCCCUUGAUAGAAAAGUGUGAUCAAGAUAUUAGAAAUGAAUUGUACAGAAAUAUAGUCCUUGGGGGCGGAAACACCUUACUGAAAGGAUUUAGGAAUAGAAUUGAGAAGGAAUGUAACAAAAUCUCUCCAAUAGAAGUAUCAAUUUGUGAAACGAACCAUGCACAAUUUUCUUCAUGGAAAGGAGCUUCCAUUCUAGCUCAAACUUCUCAAUUUAUUGAUUUGAGCAUUAGUAGGAAAGAUUACCAAGAAUAUGGCUCUAAAAUUGUACACAGAAAAUUUUUCUAA